GCAAUUAAAAGCCGAAAAAUUAAAGAAUGACCCUGGUGCGGAAAUAUCUGAUGAUGAUGGGAACGAGGAUAAAUAUGUUGACGAAGUGGACAUGCCAGGACCUAAAGUGGAUUCAAAACAACGUAUUACAGUACGUAACGUGAAGAUACCGCCAAGUACCUCCGUAAUUUGGAUCCUAAUUCGGCCUAUUAUGACCCCAAAACCAGAUCCAUGCGGCACAAUCCAAAUCCACAAGUACCAGCAGAAGAGUCAGAGUUUGACGGUGAAAAUUUUGUUCGCUUUACCGGAGACACCACAAAACACGCUGGUGCUCAAUUGUUCGCAUGGGAGGCUCAUGGUAAGGGGGUCGAUGUUCAUUUAUUGGCUGAACCUACUAAGCUGGAGCUGUUACGAAAAUAAGAAGGAACAAUUCAAAUCAAGUACGAAGGAACAUAUUGUGGAAAAUUAUGGCGGGGAAGAACCAAGCACCACCUAA